AUGGAUAAAAAAGCUGAGGCACAAAAGACAGCCGAAGUUGUUCUUGGUAGUGUUCCAAACAUGAAGGCUGACAAUGCUAUGGCAAAUGAUCAAGGCACAAAUGAUUCAAACACACUCUCUAACGCUAUUAAAGCUGCUGAUGCCAAGCCUACCAAAACCGCACCUUUAAAGAAGUCUCCAGGCUCGUUCACUACAUCCGAUGCCAAGGCUGGUUGGAACGCAUUUUCUAGUCUUCCUAAUCCCGGUGAGGAGGAUGUAAUGUCCGAACUUCAGUCAAAGUUAGGUUUGGACUCUUUGAUAAAUAUGUACAAGGGUUCUCGUACAACAGACGCUGCUGCAGAGGACCGUCAGGAUAUGGUCUCUCAAUUUUUAAAUGAAGCUUAUUACGGGGAGUGGUAUCACAACACUGCAGUCAUGUUAUUUACAGUUGUGUUUACUUGGUUAUUAACGCGAUUUGGUGGUGGUUUGAUGUCUUGUUUAGUGGUGGGUGCUUUUUUGGCUACCUAUUACCAAACUUCCAUUCGUCGUCUCAGAAGAAAUGUUCGAGAUGAUAUUCAACGCGAAUUAUCUAUCAAUCGUUUGGAAACUGAGGUUGAAUCUGCUGAUUGGAUCAAUCACUUUAUGUCAAGAUUUUGGCUAAUUUAUGAGCCCGUCUUAUCUGCUCAAAUUAUUGGUAUUGCUGAUUCUAUUUUGGUCGAUAGUACUCCUGCCUUUUUGGAUUCCAUUCGUUUGACUUCUUUUACUCUGGGUACAAAAGCUCCUCGCAUCGAAAGCAUUAAAACUCUUACAAAGACCGAACCUAAUGUUGUGUGCAUGGACUGGAAAUUCUCCUUUAUUCCCAAUGAUACCCUCGAUCUCUCAGAACGUGAUCUUCAAUCCAAGGUAAAUCCUAAAAUUGUCUUAACUAUCCGUGUUGGUAAAGGUAUGAUUGGUGCUGGUAUGCCCGUCUUAUUAGAAGAUCUUGCUUUCUCUGGUCACCUUCGUCUCAAGUUCAGAAUGUUUAACGAAUUUCCUCAUAUCAAGACUGUUGAAGCUUCUUUCUUGGAGAAACCUCAAUUUGACUAUUCAUUGAAACCUGUUGGUGGUGAGACUUUCGGUUUUGAUAUUAAUAAUAUUCCUGGUCUUGAAUCCUUUGUCCAAGAGCAAGUUCAUGCUACACUCGGUCCCAUGAUGUAUAACCCCAAUGUAUUUACCUUAGAUGUUGCUGGCAUGAUGGCUGGUGGUAUUGAUUUAAAUUCCGCCAACGGUGUCUUGAUUGUCAAAAUCCACUCUGCCUCUGGUCUUAAAGACAAUGAUCUUUUCGGUACUCUUGAUCCUUAUAUCAAGAUCCAUCUCAAUAACAGUUCAAAUGCUGAACUCGGCAGAACAAAGCAUAUUGAAGAUAACCGCAACCCUAAAUUCGAUGAAACUCUCUUUGUCUUGCUUAACCAUCUUAACGAUCCUUUGAUUUUGGAAAUUAUGGAUCGUAACACUGGUAGAGGUGAUUCUUCUAUUGGUGAAUGUGUGUUUGAUUUGAAAUCUCUUGCCGAAUCUGAUAACCUUUGUGAAGGAUUGGCUCUUCCCGUUUUGAAGAAAGGAAAGGUUUCUGGUGAGGUCAAGUGUGAUUUAAUUUAUUUCCCUGUCAAUGCCGCCGAUAAGAGUGAAGAUGGUACUGUCAUUCCCCCUACUGAAUCAAACAGUGGUGUGUUGCGUUUUACUGUGCAUGAAUGUAAGGAAUUGGGUGGUGUUCAAAAGAGUGGCGGUAUUAGUAUCCCUGUCAUUGGUGGUAAGGGUGAUAUCAACUCCUACGCUGUUGUCAAGAUGAAUGGAGCUGAAAAGCUUCGUACACAAACCUUUAAGCGUUCCAUCAACCCUCGUUGGGAUAAACAAGUUGAGGUUUUUGUUACAGAUAAGACUCAACUUAAAUUAAACGUCAGUGUAUUUGAUAAUGCUUUUGAUGACAAGAUGCUUGGUCGUUGGGAGUCCAAAUUGGAAGAUUUUGAAGAUGAUGUGUUUAUCAAUGGUCAAGAUUGGUGGACCUUGAAGGAUGGUGCUGGUAAGAUUCAUUUAAGUAUGAUGUGGAAGCCUAUCACUAUGACUGGCUUUGCUGAAGGUCUUUCUGGUGCUUAUCGCCCUCCUAUCGGUGUUGUUCGUGUCGAUUUCAAGAGCGCCAACGAUCUUAAGAAUGUCGAAGCUUUAACUGGUGGUAAAUCAGAUCCUUAUGUUCGUGUUAUGUCUGGUGCUCAAGUACGUGGUCAAACUGAACGUGUAGAUGAUAACCUUGAUCCUGUCUGGGACCAAGUUGUCUACGUGCCUGUUCAUUCUAAGCGUGAUGAUUUAAUUCUCGAAGUUAUGGAUUACAAUGAAUCUUCAAAGGAUAAGAGUUUGGGUAUCACUGACUUGUUAUUGAAGGAUAUUAUGAAGGAGGUCAAGAACGAAGAAGGUCAAGUUUACUAUGAAUCUCUCGAAGUCGUCACUCGUGAUGCACCCUUAACCAGUCUUGAUCGUAAGAAGGGUCGCGGUACCAUUAAGUAUGUUGCUUCUUUCUUCCCAACUUUAGCUUUAGCUAAGGAGGAUGAAAAGAAGAAGGAAGAACAAGGUCAAGACGAAGGAUCCAACACAAGUCAAGUUUCUGAAGAACCUGAAAUGAUUGAAAAGCCCAAGGAAUUCCCCGAAAAGGAUCUUCACGGCGAAGUAAUCAAAUACAAAACCAUCUCUGAAGAUAAAAAGCAAGUUGACUUGUCCGCCUACGAAUCUGGUGUCUUGGCUGUUACCAUGCACUCUGUUACUCUCAACGAAUCACACAAGGCAGUUGUUGAACUCAUGUUAGAUUCCAACGAUGCUCAAUUCAAAUCUACCGAACAAAAGGGUGCCCGUCUUGAAAUUAAUGAAACUGGCAGUGCUUUUGUAAAGGAAAUGGAUUUCUCCAAGUUAGUUGUUCGUGUCAGAGAUGUCCGUGAUGAUGAGAAGGAUGAAAAGUCCGUUGGUCGUGUCAGUAUUGAAGUCCGCAAGAUUGUGGAACGUCUCGUUAAGGCCGCUCAAGAAGAAGCCGAUGAAGUGAUUGAAGAGCUCCCCCUUUUGGAUUCAAACGGAGGAAAGAUUCGCCUCAGUUUUGCUUUUGUUCCUGUCGUUCAAUUCAAAUUAGACCCUGCUGAAAGUCUCGAGAACCAAGGUAGCUUGACUGUCACUGCUGUUAAGGCUAACAACUUGACUGCUGCUGAUCGUAGUGGACAGAGUGAUCCUUUCAUUCGUUUCUAUGUUGAUGAGCAACGUGUUUUCAAGACCGAAACUUACAAGAAGACUUUGAAUCCUAUCUUUAGUAAGGACGAAACUUUCACUGUUCCUAUCUUCAACCGUAUUACUACCCCUGUUAUUGCCAAGGUCUUUGAUUGGGAUCAAAUCGGAAAAGAUACUUUAUUGGGUACUUGUGCAAUUACUUUCACUGCUGCUGAUGUUGAAACCUUUGUUACUACUACCAAGGAAAUCCAGCUUGAUCAAGGUGGAUCCAUCACAGUUCGCCUUACCUGGAGACCUGAACUGGUUGCCCGUAAGAGGUCUAACACUUCAUUGUUCUCUGCUACUACACGUGUCUUUACCUCUGCACCUGGUAACGCCCUUGGUACUGGUAAGGAUGUCGUUGGUGCUGGUUUUGGUGCUGGUGGUAAGGUCAUCGGUGCUGGUGGUAAAGCAUUUGGUUCCGGUGUUUCUGCUUUAGGUAGUGGUAUUCGUGGUAUUGGUAAGAUCGGUAAGAAGUCUUCCAGUGAAGAUAAGAUCCCUCUUGAUCGUGAAGUAUCCAAUUCUUCUGAUGUUGUCCCUGUACCUUCUCAAAGCACCAAUAAUAAUGUAAACGAUACUAGCUCUAUGUUAAGCACUUCUCCUAGCAACUCUACAAAGCAAAGAUCGAUGGGCGAAGAUGAAUCUACGUACCAAGUUGUUUUGAUGGAAGCUCGUGGACUUAAGGCUAUGGACCGUGGUAACACCAGUGAUCCUUAUUGUCGUGUCCGAGUCGGUAACAAGGUUGUAUUCAAGACCCGUCACAUCAAGAAGACACUUACCCCAGAUUGGAAUGAAUCUUUCACUACCAAGGCGAAAGGUAUCAUGGAUUUCAAGGUAAAGGAUCAUAACACACUUACAGAUGUGGAUAUCGGAGAGCAUCAGUUUGAAAUUUCAAACUAUGUUAAGCCCGGCCAACCUUUCGAUGGCUGGUUACCCUUAUCUCCUCCUGGAACUGGUGAAAUCCAUGUCAAGAUCUCUCUUGUCGAUAGCGAUUCUGUUUCUCUUUCUUCUAAGAGUGGUUUAUUCGGCAAAAAAUAA